AUGUCUUCACACAAGACUUUCAGAAUCAAGAGAUUUUUUGCAAGGAAGCAGAAGCCAAAUUGUCCAAAUUCUCAGUGGCUAGAAACUGGAAACAAAAUUAAAUACGACUCAAAGAGGAGAGCCUGGAGGAGGUGUGACUUGAUUUUAUAA